AUGAUGAAAUUGAUAACGAGAUUUCUCCCGAGGAAAGCCGCGUCAGAACACAAGCAAAGAGUACGUUUGUGCUCGGAGGAGACGGCAUGGAUGGAAGCUUGUUCUUCUGAGUCAUCGCCAGCAGAGAAAAGCUCUCUGGCGGAUCUAGUAUUGAACGGGAGAGUGGGGAAAAGGAGGGAUAGUUACCGGUUGACAGAGCAUGUGUGUCAAAGACACUACACCGGAGCAGAUCUUUGCCGGGCAAAACAGAGCUCGCUAUGGACAGAACAUGGACCAAGUCCAAAAUUAUACAACGCCGGAACAAGAUGUGCAAUUGACGAUAACGGGAAUCCAAGAUCCCGAUGUCCCUUCGCCGGCGAGGAGUAG